GCCUGUGUUGUCUGGAAGGCAUAGCGCGAUGGGACUCACGAAAAGGCCACAGCCGCCGUUGCCUUCUGCUGUCCACCGGUCCGCGCAGGACCCGCACCCGGUGUCCCCGAAGGUCCAGAUGCUGAAGCCACUGCCUUCACCGUUCUCUGCUGGCAAACGUUUUGCUCAGAAGGAAUUGUCCCCAAGGGCUCAUCCGCAGGUGCAGCUCGAUCCAUUCAGAUCCAAGUUCAGGGAGACUCUGGCUGCUGCGUUGAGUAUGGAUUCUGAUUCUGACCACCACUCUGGGCAACAAUCUGCUGGAAACGUGUCACCUGUAAUAUCACAGCCCAACCCAAAAAGGGACAGGAUGUCUGAUGUUCAUGCUGGGGUUAAUGCAUCUCUCCAAAUCGGGCCAGAGUCUGAAAGAGAAGUUACCACUGAUGGGGCAGCUGAAGCAAGGAAUGGCAGGAUUCAUAAGGCCCAAAGUUUAGCAGUUACAAUCGAAGAGGAGCUGUUCAAAUUAUUUGGAGAAGUUAAUAAGAAAUACAAGGCGAAAAGCAGAUCGCUUGUGUUUAAUCUGAAAAAUAAAAAUAACCCUGCGCUGAUGGAACGAGUCCUGUCUGGAGACAUACCACCUAAAUGCCUAUGCACAAUGACUAAAGAAGAGCUUGCUUCGAAGGAGCUUUCGGAGUGGCGGAUGGAUAAAACGAGUGUGCAGGAGGAGGUCAAGGGAUCGGACGACAGUGUGCAAGAUGGAGUUGCUGAGACAUGCAACGAAAACACAUCGAGCAAUUUAGAUUAUCCAGUGAAUGAGAAAAGUGACAUGACGGAAGAACCUAUGGUUGAUGACUUGCAGGACACGGAGAAUCUUCCAGAGAUCAUGACACUGGAUGAAUUCUUGGAUCUCUUUUAUUCAGAAACACAUUUUGAAGAUCAGUCCGCUGGAGCCCUGCAAGAUGAUCCUAGUAUUGACAAAGCUGAUAAGGCUUUGAAGUCACAAAGUUCUCCAAUAGCUAAAGACGAUGCUGGUGCAUUAAAAUUCCAAUUUCAUUCUGAUUUACGAUCUCCACAAGACACUUUUGAGUCCAAGCUAGAAUCGCCCGUAAAAAAAUCAGUUUCAAUGUUGGAUCCAGUUGUAGAAUCAAAGGGAGAUGUGAUAUUCGAAUCCCCCCCUGAAAAGGUGGAUGCUGAAAAAUCAGAUACUCUAAACGGUUUGAUUCCUGAAUCAGAUAUGCAGUGUAAGAUAAGUCCUGAUGCUGCAUUGAUUCAUGGCAGUAUAUGGGAGGGAGCAAUUAAGCUUAGUUUGACUUCACGGUCACGCACAAAUAUUGUUGCUAUCUUCAAAAGUGGUGAAAAGCUAUCUACAAAUGAGUGGCCCCGCUUGCUUGGGAUCAAUGGAAAAACUAGCCUCAGUGAACUUAAAAAAUAUCUUGAAGAACUUCCUAAAUCCAGGAGACGUGCUAUAACGGUAACUGAGUUAUGUUGGAAGGAGGGGUCGCCUAAGAGUGGUCAUCGUCGUCUCUUAAAGACCAUUGAGAGGGAUAUUGCAAAUGGGAGAGUAGGAUUAGUGAAGGUUGUUAAAGGAGUGGUGAUGUACCUCUGUCCUUCUCAUGGGGAGGCUGCUCAGAUACUUGCUGACCAUUUGCCAAAGGAGCAGUCGGGCAGUUUAACCUGGACUAAAACAUCUAUUAUUGGACUGGUCGUGUGGAAGAGACCCAAUGUCUCGCCUAGAGUGCCCACAAUGCAAGAUGUCCCCGAGAGUCAGGCCACGAGUUCUAGUGUUCUUCCAAUGAUUUCUCAGCCACCAGCUCGCUCUUCCAAUGCUCGUCAGCCCCGCCAGGAUGUUGAAACCGCUGACGUUCUUCCGGGCUUUGGUCCUGGUGUUGUUAAGGAUGAAAACUCCGCUGACAAUCCCAGCCCUGGAACCGUGAAGGUGACGAGUCCGCAAGCAUUGUUCACAAGCAUGGUAACUUACCAGAAGUGA